AUGUCUCUUCUGCAGGCUGAUUACAAUGUGCCAAGGAAGAGAGAUCAAAUCUUGGCUCAGUGUUGCGACUUGGUCCAAAGCUGGGAGGUGGAUGCGCCGGCGCCAUCGAAUCUGAGAAUUGGAUUUCUCCACCGAACAGUGGUAGAAUUUCUGCAGCGUUCCAACAUUUUUCAGCUACAGAUUCCACUCAAACACCAACGUUAUUGGCUUGCUAAGUCAUUCGCAGAGUCCGGUCCGUCAUUGCGAGUACAAGUGCAAGAGGACAAAAGCAAUGUUGGCAUUGGCGUAGGUUUUCUAGUCAGGUCUUUACACACGAUUGAGCAAGCGGAGAGUCAAGACGUCCUAGCCUCAGGCCCGGGGCUUCUCAAUGUUUGUAAAAAAAUGAUGGACGACUUGCGGACAAGCCUCGACAGUCCAGGUGCUUUGGAUUCUUUCCGCCUAGCAUGCCAGAUCUGGGCAAGAACAACUGUUGCGGUACAAGCUACUCUAUCAACACCUACGCAGAGAUUGCCGCACAGAAAGCAUCUCUUUGCUGCGGUGAGAAGUGUCCUGGCAGGUGCAAUAUAUGUGGAGGCCGGCGACCCCCCAGAAAUGAUCUCGACGGAUUUCGUAGAUUUGUCGCUUCUCCGCGAGCUUCUUUCCCGCCUCGAACUUCCCAACGAGCAGUUUGAACUGAUCGUUGAAUUUAGAACAUUUCUUGAUAGACUGCAGAAUAUUUCUGCAUUUGGACGCCCGCAAAAUGCAUUCGAAGCCUGCAAACUAAUGAUAGAAUGCGGUGCAGUCCUGAGGCGCAGCGAUAUCGAAGAUGGAGCUGAAGCUGAUAGCCAUGUCUGGGUGCCGACGAGUCGGGAAACAAUCGAAGCCAUUGAGGAUUAUAAAAUCUUUACAGAGAAGGAGGUUUCCGACUUAAGAGAAGCUUUCCCUCCAGAAGCGACGGGAAUGUCCACCGAACUCAAGGGACAAAGAUGGUGGUUCGUACCUUUCUUCAGAUAA